AUGAGAUUGUCAAUUACAUUUUCUGCUUUCUUACUAGCAUUAUCACAAUUAGUUAAAGGUGAUUCGGAGCAAUUUGGUUUGAUUUCUAUUAGAUCUGGUUCUGCUUUACAAUACUCAUUUGUCUACUUUGAUUCAGAUGAUGGCAAAUUCUAUGUUUCAGCUUCUUCUAAUACUACUGAAUCUGAAUCUUUAGUUGAAGCUGUAAUCACCGAUAAAGGUAGAUUACAAUUAGAAGAUGGAAGUUAUGUAUAUGUCGAUGAAGACAAUGUAUUGAGAGAUACUGAUAAGAAAAAAUCAGCUGACAAAGGUUUUUCAAUCAUUGAUGGCCAUUUAGCUUAUGAGUGUGAAGAAAACUUUUAUGUUGUUCCAGAAGGUGGUAAAUACGUUUUAUCAGUUGGUGAAGUUCCAAGUAAUUCAACUGCUAUCGGAAUUGUUUUGAGAACCGCUGACACAACCGGUUCCAAAGUACCAGAUUUUGCUGGUUCAUCUGAUUGUUCAUCAUGUGCAUCUGGUCAUGAAUUCCCAAAUCCACCAAGUUGUAACUCUACCAUUUCUGGUAAUUAUACUGAGCCUGAAGGUGAAGAAGAAGGUGAAGGUGAAGGUGAAGGCGAAGGUGAAGAAGGUUGUGAUUAUGAAGAUGAUGAUAAAUCAAAAGAAGAAGAAAACUCAGCAGCUAUUAUACAAAAGGGUAGUGUAUUUGGUGUAAGUAUUGCAGCUGCAGCCAUUGCCAUGUUAGCAUUCUUCUAA